AUGAAGGCAGACGGCAAGGACGCUCCCUCCGUUGACCAGCUCGAGAAUGCUCAGCCUGCUCCUAUAAUUAUCUCGGCGGACGUCGUUGACAAGAUUCACAAUGGCGAUGAUGCUCUGCAAUUCCUCCAGCAGGGUCAUGAGCCUUACUCAAAGGAGGAAGAGAGGCGUGUUCUUCGCAAGGUUGAUAUUCGAAUGCUUACACUGAUGCUUAUUGUUAACGGGUUUCAAUUCGUGGAUAAGAAUACUAUGUCCUAUGCUGGAACCUAUGGGCUAGCCACUGAGGCACACUUGGUGGGACAGCAAUAUAGCUUGCUCACCACGAUCUUUUACAUUGGAUACUUGGCUGCCCAAUGGCCGGCCAAUUGGCUGAUGCAAAGACUACCAAUCGCGAAAGUUUUGACCAUCACAUUUGUGCUCUGGGGUGCCACUUUGACAGCUACCGGAGCCUGCACAACCUUCCGCUCCCUAGCAGCCCUCCGACUCCUCCUCGGCAUAUUCGAAUCAGCCCUGAACCCUGGCUUUGUCCUGAUCACGUCAUCGUGGUGGAAGCGCGAGGAACAGCCCUUCCGUGUUGGGUUGUGGUACAGUGCCAAUGGCUUCAUCGGAGCGCCUUCGGGCGCAAUCUUCUAUGCCAUCGCACAUCUUCAUGCGCGUAAUCUGUUCGCCUACCAAUGGAUGUUCAUCAUAUUCGGAGCAGUAACGUUCUGCUUCGGCAUCUCCCUCUGGUGGUUGCUACCUGACACGCCAAUGACAGCGCGCUUCCUGACUGAGCGAGAGCGAUUCAUUGUCGUGGACCGCCUUAAGAGCAACAAGACCGGUGUGAAGAACAGCAAUGUCAAGACGGCGCAGUUCAAAGAGACCUUGUUUGAUCUCCGUAUCUGGAUGCUUGUCAUUGCGAUCUUCUGCCACAACAUGACCAACAGUCUCCAAACUACAUUCAUGGGAAUCAUCAUCAAGGGCUUCGGUUACAGUACCUACGAAGCUGUCCUGUUGAACAUUCCCCUGGAAUUAUCAUGGCUGUCACCAUGA